AAUUUUAAGCAAUCUGAAACUCAGAAAAAGUUAGCUCGGAAAGAAUCAGGUGGUUUAGAUGUUGUGAAAUAUUGUCCAAUUGCUUGUCGAAGUGAAUUAGCGAAAAUGAUUGUGCUGGAUGAGCUGCCUUCUGUUUUCGUUGAAAAGGUUGGGUUUAGUAACUUUUGUAAGGCAGCUAUACCUCAGUUUACUAUUCCUUCUCGAAGAACAAUCACUAGAGAUAUUGUCGAGCUGUACUAUCGAGAAAAGGCUAUGCUAAUGAGCUUUUUUAGUGCGUAUAAGCAAAGAGUUUGUCUAGCUACAGAUAUAUGGACAGCGCCAACUACUAGUGUCAGCUAUAUGGUGGUAACUGCUCAUUUCAUUGAUCCGAAUUGGUGUUUGCAUAGAAAGGUCAUCAGUUUUAGGCCUAUCUCUAAUCAUAGAGGAGAGACAAUUGGGAAUCAAUUAGUGAGUUGUUUGGACGAAUGGGGUAUUCAGAAAGUGUUUACAGUCACGGUUGAUAACGCUUCCGCAAAUGAUUCUGGUAUUAAGCAUUUAAAGGAAAACGUGAAUUUUUCAGGAGAUGAAUCACUAAUACUAGGCGGAGAGUAUAUGCAUGUAAGGUGUGCUGCUCACAUAUUGAAUUUGAUUGUGAGAGAUGGGUUGGCUAAAAUAAAUAAGAGUGUUGUUGCGAUUAGGAAUGCAGUGAAGUAUGUGAGAUCUUCCGAUAAGCGAUUUAAGUCAUUUCAUAUGCGUUUGGGAUUAGACAAGAAAGUUAGUAGAGGUAGUUUGCCUCUGGAUUGUACAACAAGGUGGAACUCUACGUAUCUAAUGUUGGAUAGCGCUCUCAAGUAUCGAUCUACCUUUGAUAAGCUAGGAUUUGAAGAUCGACCUUACGAUACUUAUUUCCAAGAAGAAGAAAAUGGAGUGAAAAUACUCGGGCCACCAACAUCUGUAGAUUGGGAUGAUGUUACUCGAUUGGUAGGUUUCUUGGAGGGUUUCUACCAAUCAACUUUGGUAUUUUCUGCUUAUUCAAAGGUGACAUCUAAUACAUGUUAUGAUGAGAUAUGCACUAUUGAGGCACAUUUAACGGCAAUGAAAAAGAGUCAAGAUAAAGACGUGCAGAGCAUGGUAACUCCUAUGAAAGAGAAGUUUGAUAAGUAUUGGGAUGGUGUUAAAAAGAUAAACAAAAUGUUGAUUAUUGCAAGUGUCCUAGACCCACGCUGCAAAAUGGAAUUUGUGACAAGUUGUUUUGAAGAUAAGUACGGAAAAGGAAGUACAACCACAGAAACGUUGAAAAAAGAAGUCUUGGAUUUGUUGGACAAGUUGUUUGAUACCUACAGUGGCUUCCGUAGUAAGAAAAUGGAUGGAUCUUCAAGUUCGUCACAAGAUGGAAGUGUGGUCGAGCCCGUGGUUUCUUGUGAGAUUGGUCGUGGGUUUCGUAAUACAAAAUUUUCCCGUUAUAGUCAGAUGCAAUCACAGAAGAAAAAUGAUGACGUAGCCAAUGAGUUAACUAUAUAUCUGCUGGAAAAUGUGGAAGUACCACAACCAAAUCCUCUUGGGCUACCCUAUGAUAUACUAUCGUGGUGGAAGACUAAUAGCACUAAGUUCCCAAUAUUAGCAGAAUUGGCCAGGGAUGUGCUUGCAUUUCUUGUUUCGAAUGUUUCAUCGGAAUCUGUUUUUAGCACCGGAGAUCGCAUCUUAGACCCAUAUAGGAGUUCACUAACUCCUUUUAUGGUGGAAACACUGAUUUUAUUGCAGAAUUGGCUUAAAACAUCAUCUUAUUAUUCUGAUGCAUGUGUUGAUAUUGGGAAAAUGCUAGAAGAACCUGAAUAUAUGGAGUCUUUACACGAAGAGAUUAAUAGGCAGCUUAAAGAGGCCAAUCGUGGCUAAUGAGUGAUAUCACUGAGUGAUGACGAUGAUACAAAUUAUUUCUGAAUUUUGUUUUCUAUAGCUUAUUAGCUUUCU